AUGAGCGUCCUACUCGAAACGUCUUUGGGUGACAUUGUCAUCGACCUCUUGGUCGACGAGUCGCCUAAAGCAUGUGAGAACUUCCUGAAGCUCUGCAAGGUCAAAUAUUACAAUUUCUCGCCCUUCUACAGCGUCCAGAAAAACUUCUCUUUUCAGACCGGCGAUCCGAUCGGGCCCGAUUCUCCAGAUAGCAAUGGCGGUUCAUCUAUAUGGGGUUUGCUCGAAGGACCCUCAAAACAAGCCGUUCCCCUUGCUCUCCCUCCGAAGUUGAAACACGACGAAAAGGGAACCGUGAGCAUGGCGGCUGUGCCCUCUCCACAUGAUCCGGAUCUUCGUCUUGUCACAAGCCAGUUCAUUGUUACGCUGGGCGAUAAUCUCGAUUAUUUGGAUGGCAAGGCAGUCAUCUUCGGUAAGGUGGUGGAGGGCUUUGAUGUGCUUGAAAAAGUCAACGAGGCUUUCAUAGAUGAUCGAGGCCGGCCGCUGAAAGACAUUCGCAUCCGUCAUACAGUCAUACUCGAUGAUCCAUUUGACGACCCGCCAGGCUUGGUGGAACCACCGGAGAGCCCCCUGCCAACAAAGGCGCAGUUGGCGACUGUAAGGAUCGCCGAUGAUGAGGAUCUCGGGGAUGACAUGGAUGAAGCAUCUAUGGAAAAACUUCGGCGGGAACGCGAGGCACGGGCGCAAGCUCUGACCUUGGAGAUGGUCGGUGACCUCCCCUUUGCUGAGGUCAAGCCGCCGGAGAAUGUCCUGUUUGUUUGCAAACUAAACCCUGUGACCCAAGAUGAGGAUUUAGAGCUUAUCUUUAGUCGCUUUGGAAAGAUCUUAUCCUGCGAAGUUAUCAGAGAUAAGCGAACGGGCGACAGUUUGCAGUACGCUUUUAUAGAGUUUGAGAGCCAGAAGGAUUGUGAACAGGCAUAUUUCAAGAUGCAGGGAGUCUUGAUAGAUGACCACCGAAUCCAUGUGGACUUUUCUCAGAGUGUAUCAAAACUGUCAGAAAGCUGGCGUGAUGCUACUGUGAAGAAACGGAGCGCGCAAAGAGGUGGUUUCGGCGGUGUUGCUGGCCUUGAGAAGAAGCGUCAGUACAGGGCAAGCGAAAAUGCUCGUGAACGCGCCAACUACAACAUGGUGUUCGACAAAAAUGACAACAGGCGGUCUGCGCCUCGUGAACGAUCAUACAGUCGAAGUCCCCAAAGAAACAACUACCGGGAUAGAAGAGAUAGUCGAAGUCCACGGCGAGAUUCUUACCGAAGCCGAUAUGGUGAUAGGUCCAAUAGUCGAAGUCCACCACUGCGAGAUCGUGACAGGAUCAGGACCGACUACUAUGACAAUGAUCGACGGCGUGGCUACCGUGACGAUGACAGAUAUAGAGACCGCCGACGUCGGUAGCAGAAGCCCCUGACGGAGUUCUGAAGCU